AGGCGGCACGCGCUGGGGCUGCGCGCGCCGCGUGGCUGAGCGGGAACUUGCGUAACGCGCGGCGGCCGCGUCGCUGCUGCGCUUCCUUCCUCCUUCCCCUCCGCCUUCCCCUCCGCAGGCGCCGGGCCGGGGCCGCCGGCCGGCCGGGAAGGCGCGUUCUGCCGCCACAGAGGCCGGGCGCGGUCUCCGCCGCCGCGGCGGCGCCAUGAUGAGGCGGACGAAGCCCGAGGUGGAGCGCUACGUCGCCUCCUUGCAGGCCGCGGCGUCGUCGCCCAGAGAGAAAUCGAUGAAAGGAUUCCUCUUUGCUAAGCUGUAUUUUGAAAUUAAAGAAUAUGAACUUGCUAAAAGAUAUAUAUCUACGUACCUCAAUGUACAAGAGAGAGAUCCCAAAGCACACAGAUUUCUUGGACAAAUCUAUGAAGCUGAGGAUAACAUAGAAAAAGCUUUUGGGUGUUACAAGCGUUCUGUGGAGUUGAACCCAACACAGAAAGACCUUGUAUUGAAGAUUGCAGAGUUACUAUGCAGUAAUGACAUUACCGAUGGAAGAGCAAAAUACUGGGUUGACAGAGCUGCUAAGCUCUUUCCUGGGAGCCCUGCUAUUUACAGGUUGAAGGAGCAGUUGCUGGAUUGUAAAGGUGAAGAUGGGUGGAAUCAGCUUUUUGACUUGAUUCAAGCAGAACUUUAUGCAAGACCAGAUGAUGUCUACAUAAACAUCAGACUAGUUGCGCUCUAUCGUUCAAAUAACAGAUUAAAGGAUGCUGUGCUCCACUGUCAGGAGGCAGAGAAGAGAAUACCUUUGCAUUCAAGCUUGGAAUGGUGUUCCUGUGUUGUAGAGACAUUUGAGGAAUAUCUGGAGUCUUUACAAGACUUGGAGUAUGAUAAAAAUAACUGGAGAACUAUCAAGAAAGAUCAUCUGCUGGCCUAUUCCAGCUUUGUCAAACUGACACUUUCUUCUAGAGAUGUUCAGGAAUGCAGAGAAGCACUUGAAAGCUUUGAUCGUGCACUUCAGUCAGUAAAACCAUAUGUGAGUGCGGCUGACGAGUUGUCUCGUACCUAUGUGGAAAUGAAAGGACAGCUCUACAUGCAUGCUGGAGCUUUGCUGCUGAAAAUGGCCCAAGACAAUGAGACACAGUGGAGAGCUAUGUGUGAACUAGCAGCAUUGUGUUACCUCCUGAGUUUUCAGGUUCCUAAACCAAAGUCAAAACUCAUAAAGGGGGAUCAAACCGGACAAGAUAUGCUAGAAAUGCUGGCCUGUGAUCGAAAAAGCCAGUCUGGUCAUAUGCUGCUGAACUUAAGUCAUGGCAAGCAAGACUUCUUUAAAGAGAUUGUGGAAUCAUUUGCAAACAAGAGCGGCUCAUUUGCAUUGUUUGAUAGUCUGUUUGAGAGCGGAGCUUCUAGAGAGAGGUCUUUUAUUGGCACAGAUGAUAUUGGAAAUGUCAGUACACAAGCCCCAGUGCAAAUAGAACUAAACAAGUACGAUAUCGGUGCCAUUCGAUUGCACAGUGGCAGUCUCCAGCACCUCGUGUGGCUUGGCUUGCAGUGGAACUCUAUGUCAGUCUUGCCCCCCAUGCGCAAAUGGUUAAAACAGCUUUUUCACUUGCCCCAAGAAACAUCAAGACUUGAGACAGAUGCUCCUGAAUCUAUUUGCCUAUUAGACCUUGAAGUAUUCCUAAUUGGAGUGAUAUUCACUAGCAACUUACAACUGCAAGAGAAGUUUAAUUCUCACUACAGUGCACAUCAGCCUCAAUUCUUACCACUGCCAAUAUGCAAACAACUCUAUACUGAGAAGCAAAGAUCCUGGUGGGAUGCUGUUCGUACUCUUCUUCAGAGGAAAUCAGUACCAGGAACAGCAGCAAAGCUGAGGCUUAUUGUACAGCAUGGCAUAAGUACUCUGCGAACACUGGACAAGCAUGGCCUUCAACCUGCCUUAAUCAUACACUGGGCAAAAAGCUUGCAGAAAACAGGAAUUAAUCUUAACUCCUUCUAUGACCAGAAGGAAUAUAUUGGACGAAGUGUCUAUUACUGGAAGAAAGUUCUGCCUAUGCUGGAAACUAUCAAAAAGAAGAGGAGUAUUUCUGAACCUACUGAUCCUCUCUUCAAACACUUCCACAGUGUAGACAUUCAGGUCUUUCAGGUUGCAGCAUAUGAAGAAGAGGCACAGAUAGCAUUUGCUAUGUUGGAUGCAGUUGAUGGCAAAACUGAUGAUGCUUUAAUAGCAUUUGAAGCUAUUGAGAAUGUGGUGUCAUACUGGAAUCUUGCCAUGAUUUUCCAAAGAAAAGCAGAAGAGAUUGAAAAUGAUGUCGUGCUGCCAGAAGAACAUGAGGAGCGUAAAACUUACCUUCUUAAAGCCAAGUAUUAUCUAAUGAAAAUUAUUGCGGAAAGCUCCUCAGAUAUGUCAGUUACUGAGAAAUUGCCAGUGUCUCUUGAAACUGUGAGAGAAGUGUUAGAUACAGUGAUCCAGGAACUUGGUGAGAACUGUGAAGAGGGAAGUCUUGCCUUCAGAAACGGUCUGUCACGAACUGUAGAUUCAGCAAUGAAACAUUCCACUCCGUCACCAACCAAGUUCUCUUUUUCGCCAACUAAGACCUACAAGUUCUCUCCAAAAACUCCCCCUCAGUGGGCAGAAGACCAUAAAUCUAUACUUCAAAUGAUUUGUCAGCAAGUGGAGGCUUUAAAGAAUGAAAUGCAAGAAAUGAAACUUAAUAAUUCCAACACAAAUGCAUCUCAUCGGUGGCCUGCUGAAAACUAUGGAACUGAUGCAAUACCAGAUAGUUAUCAGAGAGCACAGAAUCUUCAUGAAGCCCCCUUAACAGUUGCUACCACUGGCCCAUCUGUGUUCUACAGCCAGUCACCUGCCUAUAACUCUCAGUAUCUUCUGGGAACUGCUGCAACCAAUGUAACACCAGCAAAGCCUCCUGUCUAUGGCAUGAACCGACUUACGCCUCAGCCACAUAUAUAUUCCUAUCAACCACCACCCAUGCAUACGCCACCUCUGCAGAACACUUCUGGUUGUAUGUUUUCCCAAGAAAUGUAUGGCCCGCCUCUACGUUUUGAUUCUCCUGGUACUACACUCAUUUCUCCUCGUACUGCUGAUGACUAUUACAACUACAGUGUUCCACAGGCAAGCACCAAUCCAACACUGCCUAAACCGGGGUAUUUCACCAACCGUUCAGUCACGCCACCCACCUUAAAGCCUGCAGAACCAAAAGCAAUGCCUAAAUUUGGACAGCCAGGAACAGCAGAAGGAUCAAAACCACCUCUGUCAACACCAGCACAGCCAAGUCAGCCAACAACUUUUAAAUUUAAACCUAACUUCAAGUCUAAUGAUGGGGACUUCACUUUUUCUUCUCCCCCUCAAGUUGCACCACAGCCCCUUAAUGCACCUUUUAAUAGUAAAGAAAGCCUCUUGGAUCUUCUAACAUCUGACAAACCUUUACAGGAUGAUAGAUAUGUUGAUCAAAAGCCAGUUAGCGAUGCCACAAACAGUUCAAGAAAUAUCUUCAAUUUUAGCAAUAAACAUGUUCCAGGCAUCGCUCUCCGAGAAAACACAGGACAAAAUGUACACAAAAAUGUGGGUUUUGAGAAGAGUGAUACAUUUAGUGUUCAAGAAUCAAGUAAGCCUGUAUUUAUGGCUUCAAAUUCAGAUUUGGCCAAUAGAAGUCAUGAAACAGAAGGAGGAAGCACCCAUGGUGGAGAUGAGGAUGAUGAUGGUCCUCAUUUUGAUCCUGUGGUGCCACUUCCUGAUAAGAUUGAAGUAAAGACAGGUGAGGAAGAUGAAGAAGAAUUCUUCUGCAACAGAGCCAAGCUCUUUCGUUUUGAUGCAGAAUCUAAAGAAUGGAAAGAAAGGGGUAUUGGAAAUGUGAAAAUACUGAAACAUAAAGUAUCUGGCAAAUUUCGUCUCUUAAUGAGACGGGACCAAGUGCUGAAAAUCUGUGCAAAUCACUACAUAAAUACUGAUAUGAAAUUAACUCCAAAUGCUGCAUCAGAUAAGUCAUUUGUAUGGCAUGCUUUAGACUACGCAGAUGAAUUGCCAAAACCAGAACAGCUUGCAAUUAGAUUUAAAACACCUGAAGAAGCAAUGCUUUUCAAAAAAAAGUUUGAGGAAGCACAGAAUAUUUUAAAAUCCUUGGGAUCAAAUGCUGACACGUCUGUGGCUCAGAGCAGUGGGACUGCAAAAGAAACAGCAAAUCAAGACACCAAGGAGCCCAACAGAACCACUUCUGGGACCAUGAACUUGGGCUUUCAGUUUCUAAAAGAUGGAACAAGCGGUGAACCUGACAGCAAAGGCACCCUUACAGCUACAUCCGCUGCAUCUAGCACUACCAUUUCAUUUGGGAAGGAUGCUCAGCAAGCCUGUUCUUCUGGUGGGUUUGGUGGGUUUGGGCAGCAUCUCUUGAAGAAGGACCAAUGGGAGUGUAAAGUAUGUUUAGUUCCAAAUGAAGCAAUGGUAAAGAAUUGUGUAUCAUGUCAAAGUCCAAAUCCAGGUAUGUGGCAAACACAUAGUACCCCUAUGACUGGCUAUGCAAGUUUGAAACCAAGUGGUAACACAGUGCAGGACAAGUUUGGCUCUCCUUUUGCUAAAAAGGAAGGUCAGUGGGACUGCUCUGUAUGCCAAACCCAAAAUGAAGCAGAAGAUGUGAACUGUUGCUCCUGUCAGAGUCCAAAACCUCAAAAUCAACCAAAUACAUCCACACCUUCUGUUCAGGCAUCUGCUGCUCUGGGGCUUGGUUCCAUUGCUGAUACAAGUAAACCACAGAAAAAUGGGUUUGAAGGGCUUUUUGCUAAAAAGGAAGGUCAGUGGGAUUGUAGUACUUGUCUCGUGAGGAAUGAGGGUUCUUCGCUAGCCUGCAUAGCCUGCGAAACGCCGAAUCCAUCUGCUAAGCCAACUGGUGAUACUUUGCCAACUCCUGCUUUUGGCUUGAAAAGUAAAUUGCCUGAACUUGAUGGAGGACAGUUGGGAACAGGCUUUAAGUUUGGUCUUGAGCAAGGCAAGACACCACCAUUUACAUUUCAGAUUUCUUCUGAUACUGAAGCAAAGUCUGCAAAGGAAGGAUUUAACUUUUCAAUGCAAAUGCCUGCAGGUGGAUUUAAAUUUGGGAUACAGGAGUCUAGUAAAAAUACCAGUAAGAAAGAUGAGCCAUCCAAAGAACAUACAACUGGUUUCUUAAAAAGCGUUGAUGAAAAAGACAAAAAGGAAUUGCCUUCAGACAGUGGAACUGGAUUCCAAUUUCAGGAAACAGCAGAGAAGGAGAAAAUUGACUUUGUUUUUGGGCAAAACAGCAGCACUUCUACUUUUGCUGAGCUUGCAAAAAGUACUCCUAGGGAAGGCUUUCAAUUUGGCAAAAAGGACCCUAACUUCAAAGGCUUUUCAGGUGCAGGUGAAAAGUUGUUUUCUUCACAAAAUUCUAAAACAGAUCAGAAAGCAAACACAUCUGCUGACCUUGGUGAGAAGGAUGAUGAUGUGUAUAAGACGGAGGACAGUGAUGAUAUCCAUUUUGAACCUAUAGUUCAGAUGCCUGAAAAAGUAGAGCCAUUUACAGGAGAGGAGGAUGAGAAAGUGUUAUACUCACAGAGAGUAAAGCUGUUCAGGUUUGAUCCUGAAACAAGCCAGUGGAAGGAACGUGGGGUAGGCAUUCUGAAGAUUCUUAAAAACGAAGUUAAUGGCAAAGUAAGAAUAUUGAUGCGGCGUGAGCAAGUACUGAAGGUGUGUGCGAAUCACUGGAUAACGACAACAAUGAACUUGAAACAGCUGUCUGGCUCAGACAAAGCAUGGAUGUGGAUGGCCAAUGACUUUUCUGAUGGUGAUGCAAAGUUGGAACAUCUGGCAGCAAAAUUCAAGACACCAGAGCAGGCUGAGGAGUUCAAACAAAAGUUUGAAGAAUGUCAGAGGCUACUACUAGAUAUACCACUGCAGACGCCCCAUAAACUUGUUGAUACAGGUAGGACAGCUCAGCUUAUACAGAGAGCAGAAGAAAUGAAGUGUGGCUUAAAAGAUCUCAAAACUUUUCUGACAGAUGACAAAACGAAACUGUCAGAAGAGGAAAGUGGUGCUGGUACAAACCCUGUCUGUACCAGCAGUACUUCUGAUUUGGUUAUAAAGCCACAUGCUGAAAGUACAGGCCCUACUCUGGAGUGGGAUAACUAUGACUUGCGUGAAGAAGCAUUAGAUGAUAGUGUAAGUAGUUCUGUAUAUGCAUCACCUCUUGCAAGUAGCCCUGUAAGGAAAAAUCUGUUUAGAUUUGGAGAAUCUACCACUGGUUUUAGUUUCAGCUUUAAAUCUGCUUUGAGCCCAUCCAAAUCUCCUGCCAAACAGAAUCAGAGUAGAACAUCAGUAGGCACAGAUGAAGAUUCUGAUGUUACUCAAGAAGAGGAAAGAGAUGGACAGUACUUUGAACCUGUGGUACCUCUGCCUGAUCUUGUGGAAGUGACCAGUGGUGAGGAAAAUGAGCAAGUUGUCUUCAGCCAUAGAGCCAAACUAUACAGAUAUGACAAAGAUGCAAAUCAAUGGAAGGAGAGAGGGAUUGGGGAUAUCAAGAUAUUGCAGAACUAUGACAACAAACAAGUUCGUAUAGUAAUGAGAAGGGACCAGGUACUAAAACUCUGUGCCAAUCACAGGAUAACACCAGAUAUGAAUCUACAACAAAUGAAAGGAUCUGACAGAGCCUGGGUAUGGACUGCAUGUGACUUUGCAGAUGGGGAAAGAAAAGUAGAACUUCUGGCUGUACGGUUCAAGCUGCAAGAUGUUGCGGACUCAUUUAAGCAAAUAUUUGAUGAAGCAAAGCAUGCCCAAGAGAGAGAGACACUGAUAACACCUCUUUCUUCUCGUGCCAAUACACCAAAGGAAUCUCCAUGCGGUAAAAAUGCUGUAGCUGUGCUAGAAGAAACAACCAGAGAAAGAACUGAUGUCAGCCAUGGUGAUGAUACUUCUGAGGCAACUGUAGAGGCUGCAGAGGUGUCAAAUACUUCUGAAACACCAACAAAAGCAGUUGUUUCUCCUCCAAAGUUUGUAUUUGGAUCUGAAUCUGUCAAGAGCAUUUUCAGUAAUGAAAAGUCAAAGACAUUCACAUUUGGAAAUACUUCAGCCACUGGUUCUCUCUUUGGCUUCAGUUUUAAUCCCCCAAGAAAGAGUGAAGGCCAUAUUCCAGCAUCUCAGAACACAGCACAGAAAGAGCCAGAAGUCUCUGAACCAUCAAAAAUCUCAAGUGCUACUCAGAAGCCUGUAGACAGCAAGGUAGACAACUUGCCAGCUUCAUCACAAGAUGGACCAUCUAACUUCUCAUUUAGAAUUCUGGAAAAAGGAUUUAAUUUUAGCCUCUUUAAAUCUAAUCCAAUGGCCUUUUGGACAAGCACAUCCUCCAUGCAACCUGAUAGUAAAGCUGAGAAGACCACAGUGUCAGAGGAUGUUCCAUCUGAUGAAGUUGUAAUAGUUUACGAGUUAACACCUACCCCUGAACAGAGAGCUCUUGCUGACUUCCUCAAGCUCCCUUCAACAUUCUUCUGUUACAAGAAUAAGCCUGGAUAUGUGAGUGACGAGGAUGAUGAUGAAGACUAUGAAACAGCUGUUAAGAAACUUAAUGGGAGGCUCUAUCCCAGUGAUUCAGAAGAGAAAAAGAAAGGCCAAGGUCCCAUAAAAGGUGUAGACAACUUGCUGAUGUGUGUCUGUGUCUCAGACUGCAGUGUUACAUUAUUUGAAGGUCUUGCAAAGAAAAGUGAAUUCAACAAGGAAAGAGAAUGUGCUGCUACUUUGGAAAAGAAACCAGCUCCUGAGGAGAAAGAUGAAAUAAAAGCUCUGCAGGUUCCUUCUGCAUCUGUUUGUGGUGUCAGUACUGAUACCAAAGGUGACCGUGUGGAAGACGUAAAGUCAGAAGCUGAAAUUCAAGAAAUUAAAGAGAAUGAAGUUGCAAGCUCAAGUGACUUAGUCUGUACCAGUAAGGAAGAAAUCCCCACUCCAUCAAAAGAUGAGGUGACAGUACUUGUCCAGUCCGGUACCAGCAGUGGAGAAUCACAUUCCACCACAGAAACUGUGCAAGUAUCACAGACCUUAUCACGAGCUGAAGACAAACCUGUAGAUUUGUCAACUAAAAAGAGUGAUUCAGAUGAUUCAGAGUCAACACAAGAAAACAGAAUCAUCUCAUUUGGUUUUGGCAAUACUGCAGGCCUGUCAUUUGCAGAUCUGGCAUCCAAAAGUUCUGAAGACUUUGCUUUUGGCUCAAAAGAUAAAAACUUCAAAUGGGCAAAUACAGGAGCAACUGUGUUUGGAGAUACCGCCCGUAAAGCAGAUGAGGAUGAAGGUGGUAGUGAUGAUGAGGUAGUACAUAGUGAUGAUAUCCACUUUGAGCCAAUUGUGUCCUUACCAGAGGUGGAGGUAAAAUCUGGAGAAGAAGAUGAAGAAAUUCUCUUCAAGGAGAGGGCAAAACUUUACAGAUGGGACAGGGAUGUUACUCAGUGGAAAGAGCGUGGUGUUGGAGAGAUCAAAAUACUUUUCCAUACACAGAAGAAAUACUAUCGAGUCCUAAUGAGAAGAGACCAAGUUCUUAAAGUCUGUGCAAACCACGUUAUCACCAAAGAAAUGAACUUAGUGCCCUCUGAUACAUCAAACAAUGCUUUCAUUUGGACAGCCACAGAUUAUGCUGAUGGUGAAGUAAAAGUAGAGCAAUUUGCAGUCAGAUUUAAAAGCCAAGAAAUGGCCAAUUCUUUCAAGAAGAUGUUUGAAGAAUGUCAGCUAAGCUUGUCAGAACUGCAGAAGGGGCCCUUAUCUCUGGCAGCAGGACUGUCAAAGGACACCAACCCUGUUGUGUAUUUUGAAGUUUCUGCUGAUGAUGAACCUUUAGGACACAUAACCAUGGAGCUGUUUGCAAAUAUUGUACCUCGAACUGCUGAAAAUUUCAGAGCCCUGUGCACAGGAGAGAAAGGAUUUGGAUUCAAGAACUCCCGCUUUCACAGAAUAGUCACAGACUUUGUGUGUCAGGGUGGAGAUAUAACCAACCAUGACGGAACAGGUGGACGGUCGAUUUAUGGAACAGCAUUUGAAGAUGAGAAUUUCAUAGUGAAACACACCGGUCCUGGAUUGUUGUCAAUGGCAAAUAAGGGCAGGGAUACAAAUAAUUCUCAGUUCUUCAUAACACUUAAAAAAGCAGAACACUUGGACUUCAAGCAUGUGGUGUUUGGGUUUGUGAAAGAUGGAAUGGAUGUUGUUAAAAAGAUCGAAUCCUUUGGUUCUCCUAAAGGGCUAGUAAAUGGAAGAAUUGUCAUUACAGACUGUGGGCAAAUAUAGAACUAUUUCUUUGAGUAUACAGAUGUUUUUGCAGUAUAAAUCAGUACUUAGAUGUUAUUGACUAAUUAUUUCAACUUCUUAAAAUGGACACUUCUGAUGUAUAAAUGUAAAAUUACAGGCUAUAGUUGAAUUUUUUUAUGUGUUCCAAUUGAUUUUUUUUGCAUGGUAAAUAAAGUUCAGGCACUGGCAUAUUUCAGGUGUAUUUGUGUUAUCCUGACAUAUUUGUAAUAAGUGUCAAAUUUUGAAAAUUAAAUCCUAGUCUUGUUAAAAUAAA